GUCAUCGUUAUCCGGGUAUUAAAUUCAGCAUUCAUUUUUCUCUGAUUCCGCCCUCUGGUUUGGUUGAAAUAUCUUGACGCUACACACUGAUUUCCAGUAGCUUUAUUCGCAAGUCUUCAAGAUGGAUCCUACAUUAAAAGAAAAUGAAAAACACUCAGAUUCUAGUUCUGCAGCUGAAAAACAAGUAGUAGAAUAUUCUGUUGAAAAAAUUAUAGAUAAGCGUACGAGAAAUGGCAAGGUGGAAUAUUUUCUGAAGUGGAAUGGUUACACUGAUGCAGAUAAUACUUGGGAACCUGAAGAAAAUCUUGAUUGUGAAGGAUUAAUUCAAGAAUUUGAAGGAAUAUUAGAAGAACAUAAAGAAAAGGAACAACCAAAGCGUAACCUUAAACGAGCAUUAUCUGAUUCAGUGGCUACAAGUUGUGCAUUGUCAGAUGCUGAUCUAACUAAAGAACAUGGAAAGGUAUCUCCAUUAAAGAAGAAAAAGAUUAGUAUAGUUGAUAAGCCAGAUGAAUCCGACAAGUCAGAUGAAUUGAACAAGCCAGAUGAAUCCGACAAGUCAGAUGAAGAAGAUAAUGAUAAUGAUAACGAUGCAGUUAAUAACGGAGACAACAGUUUGUCAGAAAUAAGAGAAAAUGAUAUUCCCGAUUCUUAUGCUCCCGAUGAAGAGAGAGAAGCAGAAAAAGUUAUUGGUGCAACUAAUGCUAGUGGCCAGUUGAUGUUUUUAAUGAAGUGGAAAGGAAUUGAUGAAGCUGAAUUAAUCUCAGCUAAAGUGGCUAAUAUAUUGUACCCACAAAUUGUUAUCAAGUUUUAUGAAGACAAAGUUAAAUGGAAUUCUAAUGCUGGUGAAAAUCAACUAAUAUAAUAUAGAUAAGGAUGACAAGUGUUCAAAAAGAGACUUAUUUUAUAUCAAAUUCUAAUGUA